AUGUCUCAAGAGAUGGGAGAGCUCACCCAAACCAGAUUGCAGAAGAUCUGGAUUCCACACAACAACGGCAACAGCAGGCUGCAACGGAGGAGGGGCUCAUCCAUACCACAGUUUACAAAUUCCCCCACGAUGGUGAUCAUGGUGGGUUUACCAGCUCGAGGAAAGACCUACAUCUCAACAAAGCUCACGCGCUAUCUCAACUGGAUAGGAACACCAACUAAAGUGUUUAAUUUAGGCCAAUAUCGACGAGAGGCAGUGAGCUACAAGAACUACGAAUUCUUUCUUCCCAACAACAUGGAGGCCCUACUUAUAAGGAAGCAGUGUGCCCUAGCAGCCCUGAAAGAUGUUCAUAGCUAUCUCAGCCAUGAGGAAGGUCGUGUUGCAGUUUUUGAUGCCACCAACACUACCAGAGAACGACGGUCACUGAUUCUGCAGUUUGCUAAAGAACAUGGUUACAAGGUCUUUUUCAUUGAGUCCAUUUGUAAUGACCCUGAUGUCAUUGCAGAAAACAUCAGGCAAGUGAAACUUGGCAGUCCUGAUUAUAUAGACUGUGAUCGUGAAAAGGUUCUGGAAGAUUUUCUAAAGAGAAUAGAGUGCUAUGAGGUCAACUACCAACCUUUGGAUGAUGAACUGGAUAGCCACCUGUCCUACAUCAAGAUCUUCGAUGUGGGCACACGCUACAUGGUGAAUCGUGUGCAGGACCAUAUUCAGAGCCGCACAGUCUACUAUCUCAUGAACAUUCACGUCACACCCCGCUCCAUCUACCUAUGCCGGCAUGGUGAGAGUGAACUCAACCUCAGAGGCCGUAUUGGAGGUGACUCUGGACUCUCAGCUCGGGGCAAGCAGUAUGCCUAUGCCCUGGCCAAUUUCAUUCAGUCCCAGGGUAUCAGCUCCCUGAAGGUGUGGACCAGCCACAUGAAGAGGACCAUCCAGACAGCUGAAGCCUUAGGCGUUCCCUAUGAGCAAUGGAAGGCCCUGAAUGAGAUUGAUGCGGGUGUCUGUGAGGAGAUGACCUAUGAAGAAAUCCAAGAACACUACCCUGAAGAAUUUGCACUGCGAGACCAAGAUAAAUACCGCUACCGCUAUCCCAAGGGAGAGUCUUAUGAAGAUCUGGUCCAGCGUCUGGAGCCAGUUAUAAUGGAGCUAGAGAGGCAGGAAAAUGUAUUGGUGAUCUGCCACCAGGCUGUCAUGCGGUGCCUCCUGGCCUACUUUCUGGACAAGAGCUCAGAUGAGUUGCCUUAUCUCAAGUGCCCUCUGCACACAGUGCUCAAACUUACACCUGUGGCUUAUGGCUGCAAGGUGGAGUCCAUCUACCUGAAUGUGGAGGCUGUAAACACACAUCGGGAGAAGCCUGAGAAUGUGGACAUCAGCCGGGAACCCGAAGAAGCCCUGGACACUGUUCCUGCCCACUACUGA